AUGCAGGGAGCUGGACCGCCAGGUGGUCACAAUCCCUUUGGGCCAGCGAGCCAGGGCGCGUACCCAGCGUACAACGUCAACACCACGGCGCAGUUCGCCGAUGAGGUGAUGCCCGCAGCUCCCCAAGGGCCACCGCCCUCAGCUUCCUUUGCACCAGUCCAGCAAGGAGCUUGGGGACCCCCAGCACCCCCAGGCGCGGGGUACGGGCCACAGCAUGUCGCCCUGCAGUUCACAGACACGACAGCGCCACAAUACGUGGCGGGCAAUAUUCAACGACAGGAGGAGCGGCAAAUCCUAGACGGCGGCCCCGGGGGAAGCGCCAGCGCCAGCACCCCCAAGGAGGAUUACACCAAGUAUCCUUUCUACAAUGUGCGGCGUUACCGGGAGUACUUUGAUGUUGACACGAAGGACGUCCUUUGGCGAGUGGGUAACUCCAUGAUCGGGGCCUUCCGACCCAACUUUAUGGAGGUCACCAUGAAGAACCCCGACCUCAUCCUCAACACAACAACGCGCUUGAUUCUUGGUCGUUUGAGUCGGUACGGUCCGUUUUGGACCGCCACCACGCUCAUUUUCGUGACGGCUGUGGUGGGCAACUUUGUGGACUACAUCGAAUGGCGUCGCGGGACCGGCACCAGCAGCCCCCCGCCGCCGUCACCGCUAAUGUCGUCAUCACCUCCACCUACUGCUCUCUCCAACGGUGCUGGCCGCUUGCUGCUUAGCUCCAGCGACACCGACUUUACAAAGAAUCAGUGGUUCACGGACUAUACCAAGCUCGCCACUUCAGCCGCCAUCUUCUACGGCUACAUCUUCAUUGUGGGUCUCGUCCUGUUCUUUAUUGUCAAGUGGUUUAAGGGCGAGCUGCGAUUGGCCAACGUGUUCUGUAUCUACGGCUACUGUAUGACCAUCUACAUUCCCGUCUCCAUCGCCUGCAUCGUCCCCUACGACUGGGCGCGCUGGGUGAUGGUAAUGACCGCUACAGCCCUCUCGGCAGGCUUCCUGUUCAUGAACUUCAGAGCCACGAUAUACAGCGCAGCGCCAGCGAGAGCUGUGCUGGUGCUACUGCUCAUCGUUCUGGCCCACAUCGCGCUGGGUCUGGGCCUAAAGCUGUAUUUCUUCCAGUAUUAGGCGCAGCAUAACCACGAUACAGCCGCUGCACCGCCUCUUCAUCGCCUCCUGCUCGCCGUCCUCUCCGUGCUGGGGAGGCCGGUUGUGGCUUUACGAGACGUCGAGCUUCUGGGGCUCCCACGCGCAACCACGCAGCAACAUCCCACGAUGCAUCCUGUGUGUGGGAGCGGCUGGUGGCAAAGCUGCUGACGCGCCCACAGCCGGGGGUCUGUGCUUGGAGAGGUUGUACAUCGUUAGCCUCGCUGGUAGCUGGUUGGUACAAAGAGUCGGCGGUGGCGAUUAUGGCGAUGUGGGAUUGGAAUGAGAUGCUUGUGCGUAUUGGCAGUAUAUGGUCUAUACUGUUUGUUGUUUAUCGUGUACCGUGUCGUACGUAUGUUUUGGUAGGUACACGGGGACAAGGGCACAGGCAGUCAGCCGCAUAUGCAUUGUUGUUGCUGGGUGCAUUGGGAUUUUUGCAGGAAGCGAAUGGCGAGUACUGAUACCAGCGCCCCAAAGUAUCAAAAGCCGAAGCGGCAGCUUCUGUGGGAAAGAUGCCGUCCUGUGAUUCUUUUUCCUUAGGAGUUCCCCCUCGGCCUCUGCGGGGGUAAGGAGCAUUGGGUGUAAUGCCGCUUUUCCGCAGCGGGCGGGAAAAGGAGGGUGGGAGCUACUCCGUCGACACGGGGAGGAAGACUCUGUGGUCUCCUCGCCUUUCGGCCGCAGGGGACUGCAUUGCGAUAGCUGACUGGCUAGAUCCGCGAUAGGGGCCUCGCGGAUACGUGAGUGGGCCUCAUCUCGAAUGUAGGAAUAUUGCUGUUGUUGAGCUGUGAACUUCCUUUGCCAGGCUGGGGCGCUGCUUUUCAGGAUUGUUGGGGGCCCUGGCUGGCACACAUACGCCUGUAAAAAGCUCUAUUGCAUACCCUGCAAUAGCGGUGAUG